GACACAGGAAUCAACCAGGGAGUGCAGAGAGGAAAGGAGGACUGAAGAAAGAGAGAGAGAGGAGAGACACAGAAAUCAACCAGGGAGUGCAGAGAGGAAAGGAGGACUGAAGAAAGAGAGAGAGAGGAGAGGAGAGCGUGCAAACGGAAACUAAAAAGAACAAGAAGGAUUCAACAUUAAAGGAAGAGAAGUAGGAGGACAAGAAAGAAAGAAAGAAAGAACGAAAGAAAGUGAGGAGCCAGUGAUCAGUCUGUUCCCAGCUCCCCCGGCGAUGGGAGUGUCUCUCUCUCUCACAGCCUCACACAGAGGCACCGCGGAGGGGGCACGACAGCUCAGGAGAACAGCCGGGUGCAGGGGCUUCUCGGAGGGGGGGCGCUGGGCUGGCGGAACGGCCGUGGAGGGGGGGGUGCGUCCCUUCGAUCAGAUCCCCAGCACGGGCCGCAGCGGCUGGAUCAACCUGGCCCGGUUCUGGAAGGAGGACGUGUUCAGAACCCUGCACCUGCACAUGGAGCGGACCUUCAACAGACUGGGGCCCAUUUACAGGGAGAGGCUGGGAUCCUCGGACUCUGUGAAUGUUCUGCUCCCGCAGGAUAUCGGGGAGCUGUUCCGCUCCGAGGGGCUGCACCCCCGCAGGAUGCUUUUCGAACCCUGGGCCGCCCACCGAGAGUACAGGGGCUAUAACUGCGGAGUCUUCCUCAAGAAUGGAGCAGAGUGGCGUGAGGAUCGCCUCCUCCUGAACAGGGAGGUCAUGACCCCAGCGGCAGUGAUGCGUUUCCUGCCUCUGCUGGACGAGGUCGCGCGGGACUUCGUGGGCCGGCUGCGGGGGAGGCUGGAGAGGGGGGGCCGGGGGGGGCUGACUGUGGACCUGGCCCCCGAACUCUUCAGAUUCACACUGGAGUGUGAGUGUGCGUCGAUCUGUCACGUUCUGUAUGGAGAGCGAGUCGGUCUCCUCUCGGACUCCCCCAACCCCGAGGCUCAGCGCUUCAUCUCCGCUGUGGAGCUCAUGCUUGAGACAACCCUGCCCCUGCUCUACCUGCCCCCCCGGCUGCUGCAGAGGCUCGGCGCCCCCCUGUGGAAAGAGCAUGUCGCUGCGUGGGACCACAUCUUCCAGCACGCGGAUGAGCGAGUGCAGAGCGUCUACAGGAAGCUGCGCAGUGAUGUGACGGCAGGGGGCGGGGCCUCGGACAGGAAGUACCCCGGCGUGCUGGCGGAGCUGCUGUUGAAAGGAGAGCUCCCCCUGGAGAGGAUCCGAGCCAACAUCACGGAGCUCAUGGCAGGCGGAGUCGACACGACGGCGGUCCCUCUCCAGUUCUGUCUCUUUGAGCUCGCCCGGACCCCCUCAGUGCAGGACUCGGUGCGCAGGCAGGUGCAGCGCGCCCUGGAGCAGGCAGGGGGCGACGUGGCUCAGGCCCUCCGAGCAGCGCCCCUCCUCAGGGGAACGGUCAAAGAGAUACUCAGGUUGUAUCCAGUGGGGAUCUCAGUCCAGCGCUAUCCUGUGAAAGACAUCGUCCUGCAAAACUACCACAUACCAGCUGGGACUCUGGUCCAGGCCUGCUUGUAUCCUCUGGGUCGCAGCUCCAGUGUGUUCUUAGAGCCCCUGAGAUUCUGGCCAGAGCGCUGGCUGGACUCCGGUUCUGGCUCUGGUUCUGGCUCUGGGUUCCGGUCCCUGGCGUUCGGGUUCGGGUCCAGGCAGUGUGUGGGGCGCAGGAUUGCAGAGACGGAGAUGCAGCUGUUCCUGAUGCACAUUUUAAAGAAUUUCAAGCUGGAAGUGAAAUCGAAGACCGACCUCCGAACGAAAUACACCCUGAUACUUCAGCCCGAGAGCCCGCUCCCCAUCACCUUCACCCUGCUGACCCCUGACCCCUGACCCCUGAACCCCCACGUGCUGAAUUCCGUACCCGUGUUUCUAGUUUGAAAAGUUGUAUUAAAAAUGUCACAAUAAAAGCGUGUUUACACGACAGAGCUCAGCUGUGACGUGUUUGAAUGAAGAAUUAAAAAAAACCGGACCCGCUGCAGUGUCACCCGGUCACCACAGGAGGGCAGCAGCGCCCAAAGAAAAGCGAGUCGACUGAACGACGAUUUCUCCCCACGCUCCGUCCCGCCCCCUACCGCCCUCUCUCGGUCUUUUUCUUUCUCGUCCUAGUUUUCUGAGGGGAGUGUCUUUAUUUCAGAAGAGAACGUACUGCACUUCCAGAAAGGGUUUGUGUCCUAAC